AUGAAGCUACGGAAGUUGACGAGGGAGCUGGAAAGGCUAAAUGAGCGCCAUAUGAAGAAGCUGUAUCCCACGGACCUGAAAUCGCUUCCACCGAGGACAGAACAUCAAAGUCCUGUACAGUGCAAUUGGUUGGAGUACAUGAAUAGGCAGGAGUCGAAGGAUGGAUAUACGCGGCUGAGUGAUGAACUUCAAGCGUUUGAGCUGUACAUGUCUGAAAUACGUCAAGAGAAGGAAGCGGUGAGGAAGGUUAUAGGAGAGAUAGAGGAGAUGUUAAAACCUAUUGGCGGUGAUUCCAACCGGAGGCCGAUUCUCGUCGGAUCGCGGUACACAGGCAUGGAAACGCGAAAUUCGAACGUUGACCUUAUGCUUCCCAUGGAAGACCCCGAUGGGCUGCCCACCAGCGUACGUGGACCGAGCGUGACUCGUCCCAAAAUCACUGCAAUACAGAUGGGCAUUCUGGUCCAAUCUGCACGUCUCCUACGUGCAACCGGAACAUUCUCUAGUGUCACUGUUAAGAAGGAACAUGUCCCUUUUGUCUCUGCUGUUCAUUCAGCUACGGGCCGAAAUUCACGGAUAUACUGUGGUCUCAAACCCCAUUCAAGCAUGGAAUAUGUCCUGGGCUAUAAGGCCGAGUUCCCUACUUUACGAUCAUUAUACCUUGCUCUACGAAUGGUUCUGGAGACAAGAGGAAUGUUUGGCAUGGAAAACCGGACCAUCGACGCAUACGGGCUUACAAUGAUGAUUGUAGCAGCGCUGAAGUUGGGAGAAGGCAAAUUCGGCCGUUCAGACCUCGCAAAGCAAUUCUUGCAUGUUCUUCGCUUUUAUAAGGAUCUCGAUCUCCUUCGUUAUGGAAUAUCUGUGGAACCACCGGCUCUUUUCAGGAAGAGAGCCCAUGCUCGGGCUCAUGGUACAGAGCCGCUGCCACAUGUUAGGGGACAGAAGAGCAUUGCCAAAAGGUCAAUCGCCAGAGGUGACAAGAUGUUAUGUUUACAGGACCCGGCUGAUUUCAUGAACGAUUUGGGCAUGUCGAGCUUUGACAUGCCGAAGGUGAAGGGUGUUUUUGCCAAGGUCUACGAUGAUAUACUGGAGAAAGCAGAAGCAUGGGAUGGAGAGGCUCAGGCGGGUAAAGAGCUGGUAUCUGAUGCCAAGGCCGGUCCCGAUGUUGAGGCUGCAGAGUCGGAGAGACCUAGCCUAUUGAGAUAUGCCCUAGGGUCGAAUUAUGACCACCUAGAGGUAUUAAGGGAUAAAGCCCUGUUUGAAUGUUCAUGA